AUGUACGCCGCCAGCUGGUACCCGAAAUCGGUCGAUCACAACGCGCCGUCGGCCACUUGCCUCCUGAGGAUCAGGCGGGACAUCCAGGAGAUCAAGACCGACCGGUUGCCCGGCAUCUACGUCUUGCCCGAGGAGAACGACCAGAGCAAGCUGCACGCCGUCGUGGUCCGGGGACCUUCGGGCACGCCUUGCGAAGGCGGCUUCUUCCACUUCUUCGUGAAGUGCCCGUCAAGCUACCCGAUGCAGCCGCCUUACGUGCGCCUGGUGAACACGGACGACGGUAGCGUGCGCUUCAGUCCGAACUUCUACGCUUUCGGAGAGCUCUGUCUGAGCAUUCUGGGCGCUUGGUCGGUGCCCGCCUGGAGUCCGGUGCACACCAUAGGCACCGUGCUGCUCUCUAUCCAGUCGAUACUUAACAAGGAAGCGUACUACAACCUUCCCGGACAAACAAGAGGGAUAUUCUUUGACGGCUCCAAGAGCUACAAUGAGAGGUUGCGACUUGAGGCCAUCAGGGUCGCCGUCUGA